CUGAACUAAGCUGCGGGUGAGUCUUGUGGAGCUUCUCGUUGGAGCUGCCGGUUGCAUCAAAGCUUGCUCCUGAUACCUGUGGCUGCAUAUCAGCACUGAGGCCACACAACGCCUCUUCCCUGCCGAGCUCUCCAGGUUAUGGCCAUCUAAAGUCUCACGGCACAGCACCAGAACAACCACCUAAGCAUCAAAGCAGUUUCACCGUUUCUGACUGACAGUUUCCUACAAGCACAUACUGACAGUGAAAGAGAAACAGAUGUGGCACGCAUAACGGAAAUUUGAAACCACACCAUCAGCAUGGGAAAGCAGAACAGCAAGCUCCGUCCCGAGGUGAUACAGGACCUGUUGGAAAACUCAGACUUCACUGAGCAUGAGAUCCAAGAGUGGUACAAGGGCUUCCUGCGGGACUGUCCCAGCGGCGCGCUCAGCAUGGAGGAAUUCAAGAAGAUCUACGGCAACUUCUUCCCCUAUGGAGACGCGUCAAAGUUUGCAGAGCACGUCUUCCGAACCUUCGACGCCAAUGGAGACGGAACAAUAGAUUUCAGAGAGUUCAUCAUCGCCCUGAGCGUCACGUCACGCGGCCGUUUGGACCAGAAGCUGAAGUGGGCCUUCAGUAUGUACGAUCUGGACGGCAACGGAUACAUAAGCAAGGCGGAAAUGCUGGAGAUUGUACAGGCCAUCUAUAAGAUGGUUUCUUCAGUGAUGAAGAUGCCAGAGGACGAGUCCACACCUGAGAAACGCACGGAUAAGAUCUUCCGCCAGAUGGACACAAAUCGUGAUGGUAAGCUGUCACUCGAAGAGUUUGUGGAGGGUGCAAAGAGCGACCCGUCCAUCGUGCGACUGUUGCAGUGCGACCCCAGCAGUGCGGGACAGUGACUCAGCAGUCGUAACCUCUCUUCCGCAAGUCUUUCUGUGUUCGCUCUCCUUCAAAUAUCAGCAGAGCAUGGACUCCAAAACCACGGCCCUAUCUCAGUGUCUGUGGGUUUCCCGCUGAACACCACGCAUGAGAACAUUAUUUCCCCACAGACACCGAUCAGGUAACGGUGAGAACCGGACAUACAGAGAUCAUACACAAGCUUGUGUUCAUGCGUCUCUCUGUAUUUUGAAGUCCUCAUAUAAGGCUUUUUGCGAUUUAACACAACAGGCAGUGAUGCAGGUGACAUCACAUCCUGUUGUAAGCUUUUGGUACUGAAAUAAACCCCUUCGAAAAGAGCUUUAAAUAAUAACAGAGAGGGAGUCGAAGCUAAAUUUUCCAAGUGUGCAAAAUGCACCAGAUAAUGUGACACUUUGUCAAACUUUCGAAACCGCAAAAUAUAGCUUAUUUAAGAAUUGAAUCAAUUAAAUAAUUUUACACAAACAAAUGUCAUUCCUAGUGUUCCUAGUAUUUCAGUUCCAUUCAGCACAAACUUCUAUUUAAAAGAGAGUCACUUGGGCGACAUAUCAGUUUUUUUUACUUGAAUUUUUUUUCUUGCGUUAUGAUUUUAGAGCCUGUGAUAGAUUCUUAAAAGGGUGGAUGGGGUCAAGUUUAUCGUGAUGGUGCUCCUUUAAUGAGCAUCAGGAGAAAUAAAAAUAAUAAUAAUAAUUCUUAAAAAAAUAAUAAUAAUUUUAACAUUAAUACUCACUGCAUAGGACUGACAGUAAGCAAAUAGUUGGACAAUAUCAUAAAACAAAGAAAUAUUUUCAUAGGGACAACAAUAAUAUUGAUCUUGCUGCUUCAACAGAGUAGAAACAUUAAGAAGUAUUAAACAAAAAAAAUUGUAGAUAUAUAAUGUAUGGUUUAAUUUGAUGGCUAAGUGAGAAUUUAUCACACCACAAAAAAAAAAUUCUUAUUGAUAUAUGACAUUUUCUUUUGUUUCAAAGAAUCAUUUGUACAGUAAAAGCAUAUGUAUGUAGGACUGUGACAGUGAACAGCAAAGACCUUGCCACAUGCAUUUACUGCCAGACACAUUCACCUCAAGCUUUCCAGACACUUUCUACUCCAUCCAAACCUCGAUUCAGUCAAUCUCCUGCCCACACCAUCGGCUGUGAACAAAUACUACAGGUUAGCACGAGCGACUAGUUCAAGUACUAUUCAUAUUUGACUGAAUCUUGGCCUUAGAAUUCGGUUAAGCUCUUUAUUUUUCUAUCCGGCUCAAAUCAUUUUGCACGCUGUACACCUCAAACUGAAUGUAUUUUCUGCAUCUACUGGGACAUUCUGUACAUUUCAGGAUGAGUAUGUGUGUGUAUGUGGUGUGUAUGUGAUGCUUUUUGAGUACUCGUGUGUUUAUCCAGUGUUUGUCUAUGCAUACUGUACAUUUCAUCAGUGUGCAGUCAGUGACAUGACAACUGGAGUGUAAAAUAUUAAUGUGUAAGAAUAUUUCUACACAACCUCAGGGUUUUAAAUGCAAGGGACUGUGUAAAUGGAUGGCAUAUACUUUUUAGCACUUCACAACACUCGCUCACAUGCAAACCACAUCAUAUCUGAGGGAUCACAUGUAAGAUGGAUAGCCAUUGGAAACUCUCUGCGGUUUCUGUGAAGUCGAGGUUUGUAACGAUCAAACUUUCCUCAGCCACACGCUGAUAAGAACAGCUCGCAAAGGAGCUUGAAUUCAAAACGGAUCAUUUACGUUUGUAGGUUCUCCUUCGUAAAAUCUAUUUAGCAUCUGGCAUUUCAUUUCUAAACCACAGAAGACAGCAACAUGUGGUCAAGUGCCAAACACAGAUGAAUAUAUAUGGCAAAACAAACAGUGUUCUAUCAGCUGUACAACUGUUAUCUGUCAGACUGAAUGUUUGUCGUCGUCAUUUUGUAGAUUUUAUAUGGUAACCUGUACAUUGUGUGAGUGUAGAUAUUAUGAACGCAGGUAUCUGUUUUGGUUAUAUCAUAGAUAAAAAUCU